AUGAACAUCUUUGGAAUCAAACAACCACAGAGUAGUCCCGCAGCACGCGCACUACAGGGAUGGUACCCAAGGUCUCGUAUCAUCGGCAUUGGCAGGUAUAAUGAAGAAGGACCCUCCAUCGACUCCUGGGAUUUCAGAGAUUUGACACCUAAGAUUUCAUUGCCAAUUUCAACGUUCGCACGGCUGUCUUCGACCUUUUCCUUUUGGUCCGACCCUGAGGGCGCAGCCAGAAGUCUGCGCCGCGAUGGAUGGAUUGAUGUCAAGACAGAUAUUGAGACAGACCUUGAGCGCUGUCCCCUUGUCCAUUCAAAUACCAUUCAGUAUCUCUGCCUCGAUCCUACCACCGUGGGAGAGCGUCGCGAGCUUGUCCCAGGACAACUACCACCGAUCCCCAGAGGCCCCCCGCCACCCACCUGGACAGUUCUGCUCUCUGCCAUGGACUGCAAUAUGUCCAUCGAACCUCUUUCAUCAGGUCCACUACAUGACGGUAACCCUCUCCCGCCUUUGCACUUACUUGUCGAUGGUUUGAUAUCAGGCGUUCUCGACGUCCCACCUAAAAGCCGAAUAGAAGGAAGACUAGGCCUGCAGCUGGUCUAUCUACACGCGUACUGUUUCGAUAUGCGGUCGCCGAAGCUUGUAGAGCAGCUUAGGCCCGAGAACCUUCAAUUCCAUAUCGAUGCACUUACUGGACCAUCCGUCGGUAAACCACCACUUAUGGCCUGGGGUCGUCAAGUGAGGCGUGAGCUUCGAGACGAUACCCGGCAACUCAUGAACGAGAAUUCGCUUCUCGGUGCAAACCCUGCCGAAUAUCGAGAUUUUAUUUCUUCUUUCCGUUCGGAAUUUCAAGCACUGUUAUACACAGUCUCGCCUCCAUCAUCGCCCUCUUGUUAUCCUACUGCAAAGGAAAGUUCGUUUUUAAUCCGGCGUGCCAACGCUUAA